AUGCCAUAUGUGCCCCGUGGUGCGCAACAACCUCAACAACAUCACGUCGGUUCGCCAGCUCUGAGGGAAACAGGAGGCCUCCAGGAUGUUCACCACCAGCCGCUACUUCUCAACCCGCAUCAGAUGGUUCCAUCACCGAUGUCUUCCCAUUAUGGCUCCAGUCCACUUCAUUUCCAAGCGCAUCGUGCCAACAAGCGACCCCGAUUAGACGGAGGAGACGGCAACGAAGACGACAAUCGAUUGGAUCUCCAAUUUCAAAUGCUCAAACCAGAUUCUCAUCCAGAAAGUACGUCCUCCCCGGAUAUGAUGUUAUCGGCCCAUGGAGACAGCCAACAGCGAGCCACGGCACACACUUUUGCGCUCCCACCGCCGAUACAUCAGCAAUCGCAACAACACCAUCAUCAUCGAUUACCAAACCAGGCGCUUAUGCACACAAUGCAACAGCCUGGUGGCGAUGUCAAUUCAACUUCUGUACCUUCAGGCUUGCCGAGUGUGGUAGGACAAGCAGGCAUGCCUGAUCCGGCGCCUCGUCCACGUGGGCCAAAGCUUAAAUUCACCCCGGAGGAAGACGCGUUGUUGGUGGAAUUGAAAGAGCACAAGAACUUGACGUGGAAGCAAAUAUCUGAUUUCUUUCCGGGCAGAACCAGCGGGACUCUACAGGUGCGCUACUGUACAAAGUUGAAAGCCAAGGACACAGUUUGGACGGAUGAAAUGGUUCAACGACUACGGAACGCAAUUCAAGAUUAUGAGAAUGACCGCUGGCGGAUAAUAGCCGGCAAAGUUGGACACGGUUUCACUCCGGCAGCUUGUCGGGAAAAAGCAACGGAGUUAUAAUCGAUCAAUCUUUUGAUAUACGAUUACGUCUAUCUACACGAGGAUCCUCGACAAUACACCACGAAUCAUAGUUUCAAGAAAUUUUCACGAGGAGUCCCUGAUCACAGUUCAAUAGGAUAUGACUGUGGUGUUUUGUUUUUUUUUGUCCUUUUCUUUUUCUCCCUUAUCAUUUUUCUCAAUCUGGCCGUGGAGUUUGCUCUUUUAGUCUGCAUUGCAAUGCUAGAUUACUACAUCAGCUGCGUCUCUUUUGUAUAUUUUGACGAGAAAAUCACCUAUUGUUCAUGCUAAAAUCUCCAUGUCUCUCUCUCUUUUUCUCUCUUUUUCUCCCUUAUACUUCCUUCUUCUCUCAGGCAUAUGGUUCGAAUUUCUCUCCUGUUUCCUCAUGUACGAUUUCCUUCUGGUCAAAUGGUGUAGCAUUAAGAACUUUUGUGUGUGAUGUCUCAAAACGCAAUGAGGGUGUUACAGCGUGCCUAUUUUUAACGAUUAUUUUUGUUUCUACUUCUUCAUAUGGAAACAGCGUGUCUUGGAUACCAUUUAGUACCCCAGGUGCCUAUGAUUCUUUUUUCUGUCUAUAUAUACAUAUCUUCUAAAUGAUCUCA